CAUCCUGUUUCACCGCAAACAUCGCCGACGCAAGCCUUGUUCUCCACGGCAAUCGACUCCGCUUGGUCGAAUUACAUACAGAGGAGACCACUCUCGAGGUCAUCAGACCUAAUCUCGUUCUAGGACGGCCGUCCCGACUUGGGCCUGGCCGUGGCUCGUGGCAGCCUCAUGGAGGUAGACCGCACAAUCGAAAUCCGAGGGGAAGAGAGGGUAGUGAGACAGCAGCGGAAGAACCACAUCCGCGGGAUACUGCUAAUCAGCCAGCUGUUGAGAAAGGGUACCACCGAGGCAGCUGGAAAACCUGUGCAAUCUGUGGUUGCUGAUGAAGUUGAGCUCCUCGAAAAGGGUAGAGAGCACGUUGAAGGCAUCCGAGAGAGAGCAUCGAAACGCGGGAAACGACAGCCUGCUGCUGCUGCUGCUGCUUCAUCUGCUGCGGCGAAGAAGGCGAAGCGCAAGGGGGCGGACGCAGCUCUCUCCGACCCUCUAGCAUUGGCUCAUGAUGGCGGGACCAGAAGCGGUGCUACCCCAGAGACUUCGAGGGAGGAAGCGGUUGCGGAGGAGCGUCGUUCCAGCGCGAUGGAUUUGAUGCAGAACGACCCCGUGUUGAUGGAGCGAGUACGGGCCAUGCUGGAUGCUGGCGCGGCAGAGCAGGCAGCAGCUAAGGUGGCGGCGAUCGACGCGGCCAACACUCGUGCACUCCGCGCGUCGUUGCAAGCGCUGAAGCAGCACUGCAACAGCUCGAUAGGGUGGACCACUUACCAGACAGCGCUCGCUGUAGCAGCCGGAGCGGGAGAGCACACGUGUACUGACACGGACGUGUGCCACCCCGGCCAGCGGUGCAAGCCCGUUGAGUCUGGUGGAGUGAGCCUUGCCGAGCGAGCUAACAGUCUCGGCAUUCGGCACGAGACUUUCAGCGACGCACGGUGGCGGAUGCACAACACGAACCACGACAUCGCCCCCAAGAUCGCUGCGAGUGAGGGAUGCUACGUGUACAACGAGCGCAAGACACGGAGUGACGUGACGAAUCCCGAGGUCAUGGCUCUCGCCAGGGCUUUCUGGCACUCCGACGACGUUUCCCGUGCAACAGGGAACUCAGGCAAGGACAUGUACAAGGAGUCUAAGAAGAGAGACGCACCCUCUCACCCUCGGAGACAGCUCAUGCACAAGGGAGACAGUGUGUGGAGGAUGUUCCUCGAGAGCCGGCGGUACUUGGCGCUGAAGUCAAGGCUACUUGAGCAGGACAGCAACUUCACCGACCCUGGCAGGACGACGUUUCUGUCAACGCGGUGCGGGUGUUUAGUGGACCCAACGGCAUCGCAGUGUGCGUGUCAGAUCCACACGCAGCAGACGUUGUAUCUCGAGGCCCUUUCGUUCUUGAUGGGGUCGAUACACCAAGACUGCGACUGUGAGUGUAACUGGUGUGACGAUCUUGGUUGUAAGAGGUGGUCUGUCAUGUGCCAGGACCUGAGCAAGUUUUCUGACGCUCUGGCGUGCGAGAAGGUAAACUUGCUGGAGGGGGAUUCCGACGGGGGAUUUGAGUUUUGGGGUCGGAAACCGGCAUGCGCUGCGAUGAAGUGUUCCGAGUGCGGGUUCGGAAAGCCUGGAGGCAUCCCGACCAACUGCACCGCUAUUGCGAAAAACAGAGAGCGGGUAGUAGCAUGGAUUCGCUUCGAAGACCAAACCAUGCCUGACGGCAAGGUGCACAAGAAGCAGCAGCUACCCCAGACGGGGAAGCUCGAAGACCUGUGGGACGAGUUCAUGGCACACUCCGUGAAGGCGAUACAUGGAGCACCAUGCCUUUAGCCAAGUGGCAGCGCCAAGCCCACAAGAUGUGCAUGGCUACACUUCGUCAGGGCGAGCUGUUGAUCGAGACGGACUUCAUCGAGAAGUACAGGCAUGAAGCACGCGUCGUGCUGACAU